UUGUUUAGUAAUGUUCCACAUACCCUCUACUGGUUAGGAUUGAUAGUGCAGAGAGGACUUUGUUUGGCCAACGUGCUGACAAGACCAAAAGGUAAAAAUGGAUUGCUAAAAACAAUACAGAUAAUAUCCACCACCACGAGUCUACGUUGAUAACAAGCUAAUUAUAAUUCUGUUUUGUUCAAAACGGUUUAGCGAAGUAAAAACAGAGCAGAAUGAGAGCAGAGUCAGUGAUUCGAAAUUGUAUUGUAACUAUUGUAUUCGUCCGGUUUGACGCAAACAAGCCACCGUAUGAGCUUGGUCUUUUGCCUCCAGUGAGUCUUUAGCAUAGUGUGAGAACUUUAUUUUUAGCUAGUGAACUAACAUUAGCUGUCGAACAUUCCAAAUCCUCAUUUGCUGUGGGUUUCAUUGACCUUAAAAAUGCUAAUCUCUUCAUAAGUGGGUUGGUGAUAUGAGUGUUAUGAGUACAGUUUGUGGCCGACAGCUGACACUUCCAAGUCAUCUUAUCAGCUAGCUAGCUAGUUAGAUCAGUUAGCUGGCUUGCUAGCUGCUUUCUUAGCCGACCGGUGGCCAACGUGAUUAUCCUUUGUGCGUCAUUAGCUAAGUAGCUAGCAAUUCAGUUUGCUCUCACAAUAAUCGACAUAUAUUACCCGGAAGGAAAUCAGUGAGUUGCCUGGCUGUUGGGAAAUCUACCAAUAUGUCGUUUCGGAGGGCAGUCAGGUUGAUGUGUGGUGUAGCGAGUGGUUCGGCCGUGUUAGUUUACGCUGCUUCAGAAGCCGAAUCUAGGGGCUAUUUUGGAGAGACGCAAGGGAAACAGCAAUGGUUCAAAACGGGCUUCGCAGUUAUUCACGCAGCUCAGCCAAGCGCAUGGUUAUCAGGAAACAAUUCAGUGCAACCGAGUGGAAACGGUUGGGAUACCAAUUGGGAUAAGAGGGACCCUGCUUCACUAGUAAAUGGAAAGAAGAAGGAGAGCUCAGGUGAUGGUGACUUGGUAGCAGAGGUGGAGAAUAAGCCGAAAGCCACCCGUCAUAUACUCCUCAUUCGCCACUCCCAGUACAAUCUCAGUGGCAGUGAAGACAAAGAGAGAUUCCUCACCAUGUUGGGCCGAGAGCAGGCGGAGCUGACUGGACAAAGACUGUCAGUUUUGGGAAUGAAGUAUGAUAUCCUGGUGCACUCCUCCAUGACGAGGGCUACAGAAACAGCUAACAUCAUAAGCAAACACCUCCCAGGGGUAGAUCUGUUGAGCUGUGACUUGCUGAGGGAAGGAGCUCCCAUCAAACCAGUCCCCUCAGUUGGUCACUGGAAGCCUGAUGCAGUGCAGUACCACGAAGACGGGGCCCGGAUUGAAGCCGCCUUUCGCCGCUACAUCCACCGCGCUGAUGUCAAGCAGAAGGAGGACAGCUAUGAGAUCAUCGUCUGUCAUGCCAAUGUCAUCCGCUAUUUUGUGUGCAGGGCUCUCCAGUUUCCCCCCGAGGGUUGGCUCCGCAUGGGCCUGAGUAACGGCAGCAUCACCUGGCUCACCAUCAGGCCCAGUGGCCGCGUGGCGCUCAAAGUGCUGGGAGACUCGGGCUUCAUGCCCCCAGACAAACUCACAUGGACCUGACAUGGCCACUCGCACCGCGUGGGACUGCCGCUUCAGCUGGAGGCCGCAGAUUUUUUUUUUCUCAUCGAUUCUCCUUAAGUGUCUUGGAAGUGUGACAACUGUUUUUGUUGUUAUUUUUGUAUUGAUGAGGAGGCAAGCAGUUUACCCCAGUGCCACACUUUUUGUCAAUUACAUUCAGGACACAGUACCACCUUGUAUUAAGUUGGGUUUUGUAAGAAAAUGGGCAUGGUAAAGUUGUAUGGUGGGGUUGGGGGAUAGUGUUUUGCGUAUUUCUUCUCUGGAUUAAUGGAGCACCUAACAUGAAUGUAAGUGUCCUGUCAUUCAAGGGGUUAAUCAGUGAUUUCAAUCAAACCAAAAAGAGAUAUUUCUCUGAUCAUAUAUUAUGUAGGUGGUUUGCCUGCAAAAUAAUGAGACUCUUGUAGUUGAAUCUGUGUGCUGUAGAGUUGAAGCAUUUUAUUGUGUUUCUUCCUCUAUGUCUCUUCAGGAAAUAUACAUCUAUGACAACUA